GCGAACAGAAAAAGGAUGUAUACAAAACAUAGAUGUGGUUCUAGGUCAAUCCCUGUUAGAGUAGAAAAACUGGCACGAGAAAGGAAGAUGCUACCUGAUCUAGCAGAGUUGUACAAGGAAACUCACUAUAAUGAGAAAACACAUGAGUGGAUCUCAUCUCAAGCUCAGUGUAAUUAUGAAAAUAUGAUACAGACACAGGCUGAUCACCUCUCACAGCCAGGAUCAACCCCUUUGACUGCAGAAGAGCUAUCAAUCAAAGUCCUAAAGCCAAGGUCUGGCUAUGUGAAGGGACUUGGCAUGAGACCUUCAUCCUCUAUUAGGAGGACCACUACCAUAUAUGCUGAAACAAAUGAUUACGUGAAGCGCCUUGAGAUGCAAAUAAAGACACGGAAGGAACAAAUACAAAUGCAGAACAAUAAAAUAGAAGAUCUUGAAGAGGGUAAGAAGAAGCAAGGGGAGAUAAUGGCUGAUGUUGUCAACUUUUUGAGGACCAAAGGAUUCACUGGACACUUUGGAAGUGGAGGGGACGCAUCCACAAGUGGACAUACUUCUUGAUUGGAUUGGGGUGGCAUUUUUGACGUGCAACAAUGAUAUAAUUUGCUUGAAUGUUCAUUUUUGUUUGAUAAGGAUACACAUACAGUUACACUAGUUAUUGUUGGAUUUUUGGUGGAAUUGAACAAGUUAUAACUUUUGGAUAUUUUGUGGAUAUUUCACUAUUUUAUUAUAUCAGGAUGAAAUUAUUUGUAAUGAUGAAUGCAUAUUUUCAUUUUGUUAA